GUGUGGCACACAGAGGGAGAGAGCCAUUCAUUCUUCUGUGGUCCCGGAGAAAACGUGGAAGAUGAACAGACACUGAGGAAAAAACCGAGCCAGGACGCGACUCCCGACAUCUGAACCUCCCCGAACCUCCUCAGAGAAGACAAGACGGAAAAACACCCUGAAAAACCUGCAGGAUUUUCACAGGCGUCGCUUCAGAUUCGCACAGGCACAAAGUUUACACGUUGUAAAGAGCAAGAGAGAAGAUUUUCAGCAGCAAGUAAAUCUGACGAAACCAUCUGUGCUUCCGCUGCAAGAGUCCACACAAGAGGUGUGUCUGAUGUGACGCCAGCGGGCUGGCUUGGGGAACACAACUUCAAUACGAUGUAGACACCAAAAACCAGACAGAGUAAGAGUCUAAAGAGAGAAGGAGGGUAAGUUAGAGGAGGAGGAAGGACAGCUGUGCCGCACAACACCACAAGAAGAUAAGAAGUGAAAGAGAAGCAGAGGGAAGCUGACUGAAUUAUUGACCUUCUGUGUACAGUGGUGUCAUCUAGCCUUUCUUUCCAGCUGUUGUGAAUCACUCUGAAAGCUUCAACGGAGAACGACCGCAACCUUCUUUCUCGCCACUUUUUGAGGGCCUUUUACCCAACCUUCCACACUGCAACAACUUUAGAAAACUUGACCAGAAGCACAUCCAGCUGCCGUCAGUAUGUGCCAUGUCAUUGUCACCUGCCGCUCCAUGCUGUGGACUCUGUUGAGUAUUGUUGCUGCGUUUGGAGAGCUCAUUGCCUUCAUGAGCACUGACUGGCUGGUUGGAUUCCCCCGCACUCCAGAUGCUGUCUUUAGCCCCCAUGGGGCCACCACAGCAGGAGAGGCCUACAGGCCCACCUUAGGUAUCUACGGCCGCUGUAUAAAACUGCCCCACCUGCACCGUGGAAUUCUGUGUGGCCCGUACGCGGUCCACUUCGGGGAGAUUGCCAGCGGGUUCUGGCAGGCUACAUCUAUCUUCCUGGCUGCAGGGAUCCUUCUGCUGUGUGCUGUGGCAUUCAUUUCCGUCUUCACAAUGUGCUUCCAAAGCAUCAUGAAGAAGAGCAUCUUUAACGUCUGUGGACUGCUGCAAGGGAUAGCAGGUCUGUUUCUGAUCCUUGGGCUCAUGCUGUACCCUGCUGGCUGGGGUUCAGACAAGGUUCAGCUGUACUGCGGUCCUGACGCGGCUCCGUAUCGGGCCGGCCUCUGCUCCAUGGGCUGGGCUUUCUACACUGCCAUGGGGGGCACAGUGCUCACUUUCAUCUGCGCCGUCUUCUCCGCUCAGGCCGAAAUCGCCACCUCCAGCGACAAGGUUCAGGAGGAGAUCGAGGAGGGCAAGAGCCUGAUCUGCCUCCUCUGAGGGCUCACCUUGUGUCGUCCUGUCUGGAAAAGAAAAGAUGAAGAAGAUAGCAAGAGAGGAAGGGAUAGAUUGACACCUGCCCUUCUGCCUUGUCCCAUGAGGCACCUGUGUUGUUUACCACUAAGACUGACUCUUUUUGUUCCUGUUUUGUGUUUAUGUGGGAGAAAUCUCCAAGUGCCAAUUGUUUUUUUCAGUGCGUCCUUGUCUUUCUGCCACUAGAGGUGCUGUGUCUGUGUUAUUGUAUUCAUGUUAACCAUGUGGAUGCCCAGAGAGGCUUUGUCUGUCACCACAUGUUCUGUAAAUAAGUGUGAUUAUAUAUUAUAUUGUACAUAGUUAUAGUUGCAGAAUGAUGGUCAGCGUGAUCCAGGCUGGGCUGAUGAAGUCACUCUUGCCUUAAAACACUGGUGUUUUUGUUUUUCACCAGAUCCCAACCAGCAAACCUGGAUCUUUCCUCCUUUUGCCACGUGUGAGUAAUAACUCAACAAGGGAACCACUACUCAGUCAGAAUAAACUACUCACAG